AUGAUGCCAGUGGCCAACCUCACUGAAAUGACCCCCUCCACCAUCAUCCUGAAUGGCAUCCCAGGCCUGGAAGAAGCUCACCUCUGGAUAUCUAUCCCAUUCUGCUCCAUGUACCUUAUUGCCAUGCUAGGGAAUUGCAGCCUCCUCUAUCUCAUCUGGAUUGAAGAGUCUCUACACAAGCCCAUGUACUACUUCCUCUGCAUGCUCACCCUCAAUGACAUUGCAAUGGGCACAUGUGUGGUGCCCCAGGCACUGUGCAUCUUCUGGUUCAAGCUCAAAGAGAUUGACUUCAAUGCCUGCCUGACCCAGAUGUUCUUCAUCUACACAUUGACAGCGAUGGAGUCUGGUGUGCUCAUGCUCAUGGCCUUAGACAGAUACGUGGCCAUCUGUUACCCCCUGAGGUAUGCCACCAUCCUGACCAAUUCUGUUAUCACCACAACAGGGCUGGUCACCUUCUUCAGGUCAGCAAUAGUGGUCAUACCAGUUGUCUUCUUAGCCAGGCGACUGCCAUACUGUCAUACUAAUGUCGUCCCUCACACCUACUGUGACCACAUGUCUUUAGUGAAGCUGGCCUGUGCCAGUAUAAAGACAGACACUGUCUACGGACUGAUUGUCACCCUGGUGAUCGGGGGCUUAGACAUUUUCUGCAUAUGCUUCUCCUACGUCAUGAUCCUCAGGGCUGUGCUAGGCCUCUCCUCCAAUGAAGCACGCAGCAAGGCCUUUGGCACCUGCACGGCCCACGUGUGUACCAUGAUCACCACCUACACACCAGCAUUUAUUUCCAUCAUUACACCCCGCAUAGGGGAUUACAGAGUCAUACCAUACAUUCAGGUCCUUAUGGCCAAUGUCUACCUGCUCCUGCCAGCCAUUCUCAACCCUGUCAUUUUUGGGGUAAAGACCAAACAGAUCCGGGAAAGUUUCCUGAAGAUAUUUAUCAGAGGAAAGGCUGGUUCAGAGAUUCCCCAGGACAGGAUAAAAAGUAAUAAAGCUUGCACAGAAGGAGAGAAAACAACCAAGCCAGGAGCUAGAAGGCCAGUUCCUCACACUCUGAUGGCAAUGUUGUGA